UGCUGUGGGCGCCACUCCGGUGUUGCUGGCGCUGCUGCCACCCCAUGUGCCAGUCCAGGCGACCACCGAGCCACGACGACCUCUGCGUGGCUGCCAGACCGGGUCAGUACAGGAGCAGUGGUGGCCGGGACACAUCCCUGGGGACUCAGCAGGGCUGGUAAGCGGGGCACAGGUGGCAGGGGGCAGCUCCAUGGGGCUUCAUCUGCCUGAGGGGCUGGGCCAGCAUGGAGCCAACCGGCACCGUCCCCAAUGCUUCCGGUAACGGCAGCAGCGCUGGCAGCACCCCACACUCGCCCACGGCCACAGGAUUCAUCCUGCUAGCUGCCCUGGCUGUCCUGCUGGCCACGCUGCUGGGCAACAUGCUGGUGGUGGUGGCCAUCUCCACCAGCCGAGUCCUGCGGGCCCCGCAGAACCUCUUCCUGGUGUCCCUGGCCUCGGCGGACAUCCUGGUGGCCGUCCUCGUCCUACCCUUCUCGCUGGCCAACGAGGUGAUGGGCUACUGGUACUUUGGCGGCCUGUGGUGCAGCCUGUACCUGGCGCUGGACGUUUUGCUCUGCACCUCCUCCAUCGGGCACCUCUGUGCCAUCAGCCUCGACCGCUACUGGGCCGUCACGCGGGCGGCCCGGCUCAACCUGCGCCGCAGCCCCGCGCGGGUGAAGGGGAUGAUCGCGGCGGUGUGGGCAGCGGCAGCCCUGGUGGCACUGCCACCACUCCUGCGGGCCCGGCCGGAGGGUCGGGAGUGCCAGCUGAGCCAGGAGACCUGGUACGUGUUGGCCUCCUGUGCUGCCUCCUUCUUCGCCCCUUGCCUCAUCAUGGUGGCUGUCUACUGCCGCAUCUACCGCCUGACCGCCCGGCGGACUGCGGCCUUCCUCACCACCCGGUCCCCGUGUCCCGCGGGGGCCAGCAAGAGGGGGCCGGGGGUGGCGGUGCCGGGCUGGAGGCACCGGAGCCAGCACCAGAGCGUGUCCCUGUGCCGGCAGCGGCUGGUGCGGGCGCGGGAGCGGCGCUUCACCAUCGUGCUGGCCGUGGUGAUGGGGGCCUUCGUGCUCUGCUGGUUCCCCUUCUUCUUCACCUACAGCCUGGGGGCUGUCUGUGGCGAGGGCUGCCGCGUCUCCAAACCCCUCUUCAACUUCUUCUUCUGGAUUGGCUACUGCAACAGCAGUCUCAACCCCCUCAUCUACACCCUCUUCAACCGGGACUUUCGUGCCGCCUUCCGCCGGCUCCUCGCCAUCCCGCACCGACAUUGCACCUCAGGCCCUGCCAGGACAUGGGGGACGUGGCCCCCAGCCUCGCUCACCAUUGGCAGCCCCCAGCCCCACUGCACAGCCUGUGCUGCAGCGCUGGUUUGCAUCUCGAGGCAGUUUUGGAAACGUAGGGUUGAAUAA